GCUCUGUGCGAUUUCGUGAAGCUAUCAUGUCGAAUUCCAAACGUGCGCCAAAAAGCGACGAAUCAAAACAACAUAAUGAUUACAGUUUACAAAUAAACCGAUGGUUUCUCAAGCUAAUCGGUGCGUGGCCACAAAUAAAUGCGUCGAGCACAGUAUGGAAAAUCCUUGUGUUACUACAAAUUUUUAUCUGUGCGAGCACGAUAGCAUCCAUAACGUUACCGUGUUUGUUAUAUAUAUUAUUUGAAGAAAUUAAUAUCAAGGCAAAACUGAAAGUCGUUGGGGCACUGAUUACCAGGUCCAUGGGCGUGGUAAAUUACUGGGUGCUGCUCACGCGCAGCAGUGAUAUUCACAAAUUAAUACGACACAUGGAGGCAGAUUGGAAUCUCAUACAAAGAUUUGACGAUCGCGAGAUAAUGCUGCGACACGCCAGAUACGGUCGUUUCAUCACCUUCAUAUGUGGAACGAUAAUGCAAGGCGGUACAUUCCUGUACAGUUUAGCGUUGAUAACGAAAACUGUACCGAUCGUCAUCGACAAUCAGACUUACUCGACGCAUGUAUUUGCCUGUCCAAUUUAUAGCAAAAUCAUCGACACGAGAUUGAGCCCUGUGAACGAAAUCGCACUGGCCCUGCAGUUCGUGUCAUCGUUCCUAUUGAGUUGCUCUACCGUCGGUGCUUGCAGUCUGGCCGCCGUUUUCGCGGUACAUGCUUGUGGUCAACUGAACAUUCUGUGCGCGUGGCUACAUGAACUAGUUGAAAACCAGGAGGAGGGAAAUCGCAUAGUUGAACGACGACUGGCCGUUAUCGUGAAACAUCAUCUAAGAAUAUUGAGUUUUAUAUCACGUAUGGAAAGUGUUAUGAAUAAAGUUUCUCUUGUGGAAUUAUUGGGAUGCACGAUAAUUCUAUGCUUUCUUGGACAUUACACCAUUAUGGAUUGGUCAACGUUUGAUGUUGGAAAACUAACAAGUUAUUUUAUUAUGUAUUUAUCAAUGAAUUUCAAUAUUUUCAUAUUUUGCUACAUUGGAGAGAUUGUUACAGAACAGUGCAAAUAUGUUGGGGAGGUGGCAUACAUGACCAAAUGGUAUAAUAUACAUCACAAAACUGCACUUGGUCUCGUCUUGGUAAUCGCUCAAUCGAGUAAUGUGAUUAAAAUCACCGCAGGAAAGUUAUUCCAUUUAUCUAUCGCAACUUUUGGUGAUGUAAUUAAAACUUCCAUGGCAUAUUUAAAUCUUUUGCGAACAAUGACUAUGUGAAACAUAUUAUGUGUGACAUAAGAAUAUAUACAAGAGAUACAUAUUUUAUAUAGAAUAGAAUUAACAUAUCCUGAAGAUGAGAUUCAA